CGAUCGGAAGAGCGAUAUGCUGUUCCAUCUCCCAUCAUAUGCCCUUUAAGAGCGCCAGCACUCCAAUCAGAGAACCCGUUCGUCUCCGGCCGAUGAUGGCGGCGCGCGAAGCCUGGGAGAAGCUCUGCGAUCACUGUUCCCGGCGGUUCCCUUGCCUCUGCGAUCCUGGGAGAAGAUCGUCUUGGGGAUUGAAAGCCGCGCUGGUGCUCCUCCAUGUUGUGUUCGUGGGGGUCUUGUUCCUCUUGGAUGCCGAUUUGAUACAGAAGACAAAGGAGGAGUCUUGGUAUACUAUAUUAUACUUGGGGCUGUUUGCUGCUACAUUAGUUCAAUACUUCUUCACAUCGGGUUCAUCACCAGGGUAUGUUAUUGAUGCAAUGAGGUCCGAGUAUGAGACAACUGCUUCCUUUACGAGCUCAUUGCUGAUUCCCAAACAGUCUACUUCAAGAAAUGGAAAUUUGAUUCCUUCCACAGAUCGCAGCCAUUUUGGAAAGUACCCUUCAGAAUGGUUGAAAAUUGUCAUGGAUUUGUAUCCCCCUGGAUCAUCCAGCAGGAACUGGACCUGCACAUACUGUAAUAUUAUUCAGCCUCCGCGCACAAAGCAUUGUCAUGAUUGUGAUAAUGUGUACUUUCAGUUCGAUCAUCGCUGUUUGUGGCUGGGGCAUGUAUUGGACAUAAGGGAAUCGGCUGCCGAUGAUAGAAAUGUUCAAACAGUGAAUUGCUAUGCUGCAUCAGUUCACAGUACUAUGUGGUACAUUUUUGAAGAAUCAAUCUUGUGCAUUUGGACUGGCAUAUUGUACAUCAGCUUCUUGCAUUCCAGAACUGAAAAGGCUUGGUGGCAGGAUUGUAUUGCAAUAUUACUCUUGGCGCUGUUGAUAUUAUGCCUCAUCUUUCUACUGCUACUACUGUUUUUCCACACCUAUCUCGUCUUGACAAAUCAGACAACAUAUGAGCUUGUAAGGCGGCGACGCAUAUUAUACUUAAGGGGAGUUCCAGAAAGGGUUCAUCCAUUCAGCAAAGGCAUUUGUAGAAACCUUUACAACUUCUGCUGCUCCAGAGACAGUCUCUAUGCCUUGGAAUCGGUACCCAGAUCGGAAGAAUUACAAGCCAGGGCUCGGCCUUAUACUUGCAGUGAUCUCAUGUCUUGCCGGUGUUUGUAGUUGUUUUAUUUGUUAUAGUAGUAAUUCGUUGUUUUUCAACCUUAAUUUCAGCGUCAUCUUGUAGAUCUUUGGUCAUUAGUUUCUUCAGCUCAGUUUAUUUGUUAAACUUGUUGUUCUAUUCUACUUUCUUAUGUUUAUAUUUAUCUUUGUGGAACUGAUGAACAAUGAAUAUGGAUCAUCCUAACCGAGUUUUUUU